AUGGAAUCCGGACACGCACCUGCAGCAAUGACAGAUCUACCAACCACAGCAUCCAAUAACAGGAGUAGAAAUCCGACUACCACCAGUACGCAGAAUCCGGAAAGUGACAGCGAUUCGGCAGCCACUGGCGACAACAUCUGCAAUCAUGAAAUCACUUCUGCUACUGAAAACACUAGUGACAGGAAGAUGACACCUGAAGAAAGGGCGCAUGCAGAAGAAAUACUACGGUUGACAGAAAAUACUCAGUUGCAAGAACGUGAUUCAAAAGACAGCCCAAAACCAAUGACAAAAGACAGCAAAGAGGUAGACGACCGAAAACCAGCGACCAAAGAGAGUCGCCAGGUCCAAAAAGAUGGCAAAAGCCAACACGACAACAGCAAGGGCAAUGAUACGAUCAACAUGGAUUCUGCUUCUAGAGCUCUUGCAACUAUCCUAGCAAGGUUUAACAACCCUCAACAAAGUGGUCAGCUCGCAUUCCUGCCAAAGGAAAUGCAGUCACAGAUCAAAAGAGACCCGGCAGAAAAGAUUGCAGUAGACAACAAAAUGUCAGCAAACCCAAACUCCAAGGAAACAAGGCACAACAGCUCUACUUUUGCUGCUCUUUCGUCUGUGGAAGUUCGACUUAACAACCCAGGACUUUCCUUCUUGCCCCCAAAAUCAUCUGGACAGCACCGAAGUGGUAUCGUUCCACCCACAGAACAAGGGCAAAAUCUUGCCACAUUUCCAACCAUUGAAACCAACGCUGCCUGCUAUUUCGUCCUGCCAUUGAUGAUGCUUCCACUGAUGCCCCACAUUCUGAACUUGCACCAACAGGCCAAGCAUCUACUGCUACUGUGA